AUGCCUAGGGGUCAGAAGAAUAAGCAUCGCAAACGCUCGAAGAAUAAGAAUCACAACCAAGAGAAAGGCCAUCCUGAAAAAGAUGAGUCUCAGGAUAAAGGCCAUCAUAAAAGAGAUGAUUCUCAAGAUCAUAAGGAAGCAGCACAGGAUAGUGCAGCAAUAGAAGAGACGCCUCCUUGCUCUUCAUCUUCGGUUCCGGGGAAGAUUCUUGAGACGCCACCUGUUUCUGAAACAAAUAGUGAUGAUGGAUGGCCUUCCUGUAUACCAUCUCCUGUCACUAUUUGUAGUGAUGAUUUAGAUUUUGAUGAUGAAAUUUACUGUCAGUGUGGGGGAAACUCAUUAUACUCAGAAUAUCGAACCUGCCAAAAUAUUCCGUGCAAACAUUGCUUAGAUAUGUAUGUGGCUUUUGUGGAGCAGUGUGUACUCUACAAAUUUAAAAUGAAACAACUCAUUGUCGGAAAAGAUUUAAUAAAUGUUAUUGAACCAAAGUACCAAUACAGAUUUAAUGAGAUAUCCAAGAGAGCUUUUGAGAACAUUGAAACUGUGUUUGGAGUAAGUGUGAUUGAAAUUGACUCAACUAAUCACAUUUAUGAUCUAGUCAGCAACCUAAAACUACCCAAUAAAGGAAGGGUUUGUGCUGGCAGAGGUUUACCAAAAACUGGUCUUCUUAUGACUAUCCUGGCUAUGAUUUUCAUGAAGGGUAACUCUGUUUCUGAGGAAGACAUUUGGAAAUUCCUAAAUUUUAUGCAAGUGUACCCAGGGAGGAAGCAUUUUAUUUAUAGAGAGCCACGGAAGCUCAUCACUCAAGAUUUUGUGAGACUGAAGUACCUGGAAUAUGGGCAGAUACCCAAUAGUGAUCCUCCAUGCUAUCAGUUCCAAUGGGGUCCAAAAGCUUAUGCUGAAACUACCAAGAUGAAAGUCCUAGAAUUUAUGGCUAAAGGCAGUGGUGUUGAACCUAGUACUUUUUCAGUAAAAUAUGCAGAAGCUUUGAAAGAAGAAAAUCAAAAGAUCAAGAUAAGAAAAUGGUAUCCCAUUCCGGCACAAAAACAUUGUCUAGGACAUGGCCAUCACCAUAUCCAUAAGGUUAUGACACCUCAGUAA